CAACAGGUCUGUGGACAACCUGGUUACCAUGCCACACACAGAACCAGGGAGUCCAUCUAGAGGAACCGAUCUGUUGCAAGAACAGGGCAACUCAAAAUGGAUCCAGUCAAGGAGAUAUUAUGCUUCAUCUAACCCUUUCAGCACAAUAAAUGUCCACCCCAGUCCCAUGCCACAAUCAACAAUUUUCUGGCUGGGUCUCCUAGGCUUCGUAUUGCUGCGGAGCGGACAAGGUGUGUUGGCAGGGGAGACAUGGGGCAUGGUGUCCAUCUGCCCCAUCCACUGCGUGUGUCGGAACUUAUCUGAGUCUCUAAGCACACUUUGCGUGAAUAAAGGUCUGCUUUUCGUGCCACCGAACAUUGAUCGCCGCACUGUGGAGCUCCGUCUUGCUGACAACUACAUCUUGGAAGUGGGAGGUGCAGACUUUGCUAAUAUGACAGGACUAGUUGACUUAACAUUGUCACGCAACACCAUCCAUUCUCUAAAACCACUGGCCUUUGCUGAUCUGGAGAGUCUGCGUUCACUUCACCUGGACACCAACCGUCUCACAGUGGUGGGACCUCAGGAUCUGACAGGUCUUGUUAACCUUCAGCAUCUAAUCAUCAACAACAACCAGCUCACAGAUGUUUCGGUGGAUGCUUUUGAUGACUUCCUAUUGACUCUGGAAGAUCUGGACCUUUCCUACAACAACCUACGCAGGGUUCCUUGGGAAUCUAUACAGAAUAUGGCUAGCCUGCACACCUUAAAUCUAGAUCACAAUCUAAUAGACCAGAUUGCUGAGGGUUCUUUCAGUGAGCUCUUCAAACUGUCUCGACUGGAUAUGACCUCGAACAGAUUGCAGACUCUUCCCCCUGAUCCACUGUUUUCCAGAUCCCAGAUUGGGGUUGUCAGUCCAACACCAUACAAUUCCAUCACCAGCCUUAACUUUGGGGGAAAUCCCCUGCACUGCAACUGUGAGCUGUUGUGGCUACGACGACUAAUUCGGGAAGAUGACAUGGAGACGUGUGCCACACCUGCUCAUCUGGCGGGUCGCUACUUCUGGUCCAUCCCUGAGGAAGAGUUCACGUGUGAGCCACCACUGAUCACCCGCAAUACCAACAAGCUGUGGGUGUUGGAGGGUCAAAGAGCCACACUUAAAUGUAGAGCCAUUGGUGACCCUGAGCCAGUUAUUCAUUGGGUGUCACCAGAUGACCGUAUUGUGGCCAACUCCAGUCGCAUUUGUUCGUACUACAACGGCACACUGGAUUUUUUGGUGACCCGUGCCAGAGAUGAUGGCACCUAUACGUGCAUUGCCAUUAAUGCUGCAGGGGAAUCUACAGCUCUGGUAGAAUUGAAGAUCAUCCCUCUUCCCCAUAGAGGUAAUGGUACAAUAUCUCUUAUCAACCACAGAGACCCUGGAUCAUCUGAUAUUAGCAGUGGGCGGGGAGGGGUUGAAGGGGCAGGGACUGGUGUGGUGACUGUACGGAAUGUCACUGGAGGCAAGGGAGAUACUGGAGAAAGAGGAAGCGGAAGCAGUAAUGGAGGAAAAGAAACCCUGGUAGCAGUUUUAGGCGUGACAUCCAAUUCAGCUCAGAUUCGCUGGAAAAUGGGUCGAUCUUCAAUGCCUUUCUUGGUGUGGAUGUAUCAGAUCCAGUACAAUAGCACUGCUGACGACGCACUUGUUUAUAGAAUUCUGCCUCCAAACAGUAAUAGCUUCCUGCUGAAAAACCUGGUGUCAGGAGCAGACUACAGCCUGUGUGUCUUGGCCAUAUUCGAUGAUGGCAUCUCCUCCUUGGCUACUACAAAGGUGCUGGGCUGCAUCCAGUUCAGCACUAAAGAGGAUUAUCCAGAAUGCCGUUCUCUGCACGCUCACUUCCUGGGCGGCACGCUGACUGUGAUGGUGGGUGGUGUGGUGGUAGUAACCCUUCUGGUCUUCACCGUGGCCAUGAUGGUGCGCCAUCGCGUAUGCGGAGAGUGUCGGGAUGAUGCCAACAGGCCCGGCAAAUUCUUUCCAGCCAAAGGGGUGGAUGUUUACGCCCAGACAAAUGGAAACAACAGUAUGAUGAUGGUGGCGUUGCCAAACGGAGUCUUGGCCCAAAGAACAAAAGACAAACACAAGCACAGUUCUCUCUCAAAACCCAAACAGCCAGAGCCACACCAUGGCACACAUGAUAGGGGUGACGAGGCAGUGAGGGAAAAAUCUUUUAGUCCUCUCACACCAGAAAGUGAGAGAUUGACACUCUUCUACUCCCCAAGUAACACACUGCCCAUUCCGACACAAAAGCGAGCAGGUAGGCUCAAGUUGCGGAAGCCUCUAGAGAAAGACAGAAAACAUGGACAGAGAGCCUCGGCCUCGCUUGCAUUGAAACAAGAUGGAGAUGACGGAAGGGAAGGAGGCUCAGACUUGAGGCAGGCACUAAAAACCAAGCGUAGCUGCUCUUUUGAUGUGGGUGAAAUCACCACCACUACCACGUGUUACGGCUACGCCAAGCGGCUGAGUGUCAUCUGGACCCGUCAGCAGUCGCUACAUGGCAUGCUUGUUCACUGUGCCUCCACCACCAGCACAUCCAGCACAGGUAGCAGCGAGCAGUACGGCAACGGCCUAACGCAAAACUAUCUACAUGCCUUUACUUCUAACAACUCCUCCAACUCUAACUCUAACUCGACUUCAAACUCAAACAGUAGCAUGACCGUCAAUCCAAGAGACCUGGAGGAAAGCGUGGUGUAGAUUGUGAAAGAAAGAUUCGCCUAAGAAAGGCUGAUACAAACAAACAAACAAACAAAUGCAGUGAGAGAGAAACUAUAAAAAAAAAAUUUAGAAAUUAUCAGGGGAGGGCAGAAUUGAUGAGAAGUAAUGCUCCUGACACAAAGGAUUGGAUAUCAUUUGAUGACCGCCAUUAUUCUAAGCCACAACAAGGCUCAAAAUCAAAUUAUGUGAGACAAAGAAUGACAAGUAGGAUUUGAAGAAAUGAGAUUCAAGGACAGGCUUGUUUUUUUACGACAGGCCCAAGGCAUGGGGGAUUACAACCUAAAGCAUCUGUUUCAACAAGAUUAAUUAACCAAUUAAUAAAUUUUGGAAUAAAUCAGCCUCUACUUUAAUGUAGAAGAAACACUGUUCGAAUGCUAAUGAGGAGCUGAAAAACGAAGGGGGUAAAUUUCACACACACACAAAAAAAAUUAAAAAAAUUAUUCAAACCCAAAGAGAGAAUGCAUUAUCUGUUGAAAUACACUGCUGCAAAGAAGCACAACAUGUCUGGGCCUUCUAAUGAGAGAAAGAAUAUAAAUAUGCUGUAAAGUUUCUCUUCACUCUUUUCAUUUUUUCUAGCGGAUAUGUUUGUCAAUGAAUUGAAAAGAUGGAAGGAGUGGGACUCUCAGAACACUUCAAUACAUUGGUGUUAAUAAUGGGGUAACCAUUUGUUCAAAUUCAUUCAACAGUGGUCUCAAUAGUCAUAAUUGUUCUUGUCUGAUCAGCCUUUUUCCAGAGUCAUAAAAAGAAUAAAACACUGUUCUGUAAAAAUGA